AUGGACGGCCCUCCAUCGCUUAAACGGCCUCGGGUUGAUCUUCCGCGGUUUACGGCUGGCAAUAGACAAUCAUCUUCGCACAAAUCUACUAAUGCUUCAGAUGAUCAACUUCAGCGGAGUGAUAAGACAAAUGCAGGUUCUUCUACAAACAAGUCUUCUUCUGCACAGUCACCAUCAAAACCAUCACAAACAAACUCAAAAGCACGGCCGUCAACGGCAACAGACUCAGCUUCGUCUAAAAGAACUUCCUCUGCCCAGUCACAGUCAGCAACAUCAACCUACAAGCAGCAUCAACAAGCAGCAACAACUAGUGAGCCAUCAUCUCGACACACUUCAAAAUCUAAUAAUGGCACAGGUAGUCAUUACUACCAAAAUUAUGGUCAAGGUUAUAAAAACAAUACUUAUAAUAGCAGCGGUGGUUACUACAGUCAUAACCAAGGGUACCAUCAAUACAAUAACCAUAAUCGAAAUUACGCGGGCCAGCCUCCUCCAUCUCAAUACUCUCCUAAGUAUUCGUCUCAGUACUAUGACGAUUUAAGUCAGGGGUCUCAUCCGCAUCACAAUCAUAACCAAAGGGGUGGACCCGUGUUACAGCAACAGCAACAGCAACAGCAGCAGCAGCAGCAACAACAACCACAUUACCACCACCAAAUGCUAUCCCCCAUGCCUCCAUCGCAAUCUUCUUCACCAAACCACCAGCAGCAAACCAUGAGUAGUAAUGGCAGUGGUAACGGGACUCCAGGAUCAUCGCCUCCUUCACAUAGUAAUAGCUAUUACGGGGUAACUACUAAUUAUUACGACUCGUACCACGGGUACAGUGGCAGCAAUGGAGGAGGAGCAGGAAGUAGCAAUAGAAGUAAUAACGGUUCUAAUAGUCCAACAAGAAAUGGGAUUGGUCGGUAUGGCAAUUCAACAUCUGGCAUGACUACAGGUGCUGGCAACACCACUAAUGGCGCGGGUAAUAAUAAUAAUAAUAAUGGACAUAGUGGUGGGUCCAACUCACGAGGUCCUCCUCCUGUGUAUGGAGCAAGGGGGUAUACUCACAAUCGCAAUAAUCACCAUCAUCACCACGGCCGUCGUGAUAAACAGAGAGAUGGGUCGCGUGAUAGUGGCGGUGCAGGUGGUUCUGGGGACAUGCGUGGAAGUGUAGCUGCGGCGUUGGCUGCUGUGGCUAAGCAGCGCGUUUUUAGUGAUUUCCGGAUAGCACGCGUCAAGAUUGGCACGUUUGAGGCCACCGAGGGUUCUGCUGCCGAGGCCAAGGAGCUUGAGGAACAAAAACGGACUGCUGCUGCUUCUUCUACCACUCCAUCGCUUCCUUCAGCUCCUUCUCGAACAAUACCCUCCACAGUUUCUGGAACUAAAGACUCUCGUUUGAGACUUUACUUUAGAGGCUCAGGGAAUGAUACCCCACGUUACUUGAGCUCACAUGGAGGAGCCGCAGGAGGAGGUGUAAACAACAACUCAUCAGGAAGCGUCAAUACCUUAUCUGCAACUGAACAAAAUACCAACUCUUGUGGUCGCGGUCAGUUCCCAACCCCUGAAGAGCAGGCAGCGCGUGAACGAGCAUUAGCUGAGCCCGACCGAUUGUCCAUCUCGUUGUAUCGUGGAACCAAGCGCAUUGUGAUACCUGUACAAGAUGGCAUUGACAAGAUUCAGUUUCGGCGAGCAGACGGGUAUGUGCGCAUCAAGUCUCGUGGUUGGGCAUUGUUUGAGGAGCUUGAUGAACGUUCAGCAGCAGCGGCAGCCUCUAGCCGCAACUCUGCGUCGUCUACAUCGUUGUCAUCAAUGACAUCAUCGUCCACAACCACGUUUUCUCGCGCGGCUGGGCAUUUCCGACGAUGCGACGAUAUUACGCGUGGCCAGCUUGAGUCUGCUGACGGACUCAUUGAGGUAUGGAUCGACCUCGAGCGACCUUUGCCUGUGGAGCCCAAGUGGACGCGUGGAAAUUUGGCCGACUACAUUGAUGUGCGGUCUAAAUACUUGUCCCGGCGAGUGCUCGAGGUAUUAGACCCAGAACCCAUUGUUGACUUUGAUGCGGUUGUGAAAUUGUGGGUGCGCGAAUCUGCAAUUGCAACCGAGGAAGAGCGUCGUGCGUUUGCAGACACACACCUUGACUCGUCGCUCCCCCAUAUCCUUGAACUGUGCUCCAGAAUCUUGGCUCCGCCCUAUUACUAUGUUUCUAAAGCACUUGCUGCAACUGCAAACAAUCCUUCAGGAUUGCCGACACCGCCAUCCACGGCUUCUGUUGUGGGAAGCAGUGGCAGUUGUAUCAACUCUGGGGAGUCAUCCUUACCAUCAACUUCAACUUCAACUUCAACUUCCACAUCUUCUUCUACUACUCACCAUCAUUUGAAUACUGUUGCUGCAGCUUCUAUUUUAGAAUCUGGCCAGAUCCCGGCACUCAUUUCCCCCGCAGUCAACAUGCUCUUGGCAACAUUGGUCAAGGUGGUUACAGAACGCAAGGAUUCGGAUAAUAAUGCAGAGUUGGUGGCUUUGUUAAAACCUGUAUUGUUUCAAGUUCCGGAACCAGUUGUUUGGAGGUCACUUGACGGACUGUUUGCACGACGUAGUGAGUUGGCAGGUCCUGUAUUGCAUUUUGAUGCAGACGCAGUUUUGGCAGGGGCUGCUGCCCGAGCGCAACAAAAGAAAAGGCAACUAGAAGAAGCGGCAGUUGCUGCGGCCGCACUUAAAAAAGAACUUGAUGAACAGGGGAAAGUGAAAGGAAAGGGAAAUAAGAAUCAACAACAUAUGAAGGAUGACGAUGAUUACAUGAUGACAGAAAACGCAGAUGAAUACACGUACGAUGAAGAAUCGGCCAUGUAA